CCCCGCAUCCCACGACGUCUUCACUCCUCUCUACUUACUACAACCACUCUGUACUCUGUAAAUAUCUACGAGAAAUAUCAACAUCACCAUGCCCGUAUCUGUGGGCAUCCUCUCCAUCGGAGACAUGGGCCUCGGCAUGGCCCGGCUGCUCCAGACCCACGGCUACCGAGUGUUGACCGUGGCUGCUGGUCGCAGUACAGCCAAGACACCGUCGACCGAAUCAAGGCGGCUUCCAUCGAAGCCCUUCCUACAGACCAGGAUCUGCUGAUUCAGUCGGAUUACAUCCUCUCGAUCGUGCCGCCGCGAGACGCCCUGGCAACGGCACGGCGCGUCCAAGAGGCUACUCAGCUCGCAGACACGCUGCCUCGACGGGCAGAGCGAGAGGGCGCCACGCCAAAGCCGUACUUUUUUGAUCUCAACGCAAUAUCCCCGCGCUCAGUCCGGGAAAUCGCAGCCCUAUUCUCUGAUGACAAAGAGGAAGACGUGCUUGCCCACUUCCUCGACGGCGGUAUCAUUGGCAGCCCGCCAACACUCAACACUGCCAGCCAGACGUGGAAGAGACCGAGUGUCGUCAUGUCCGGCUCGGUCGAGCUGCCGGCCACGUUCAGCGCGCUGGCCGAAACGCUGAACAUGAAGAUGGUCGGGCCCAAGAUCGGGUCGGCUUCGGUGCUCAAGCUGUCGUUUGCCUCGCUGACCAAGGGGCUGACGGCACUGACCAUCCUCUCCUUUUCGACAGCGCAGGCGGAGGAUGUGUUGCCGCAGCUGCUAGAGCACCUGGACGAGUUCUCGCCUAGGACGGGCGCGCUGAGCAGCGGAGGCAUCACGGGGAUGGCGCCCAAGGCAUACCGCUGGGUCGAGGAGAUGCGGGCUAUCGGCGAGGCGUUUGACAGCGAGGGCCACUGGGACGGGGUCGGCAGCAGCGUCUAUGGAGCGUUUGCAGAGGUGUACCGACGGGUUGCUGAGGACACGGUGCUCGGGGAGGAAAAGGUCGGCCAGCGGCAGCGCGGACAGACGGCGGAAGAUGUCGCCAGCAUCGUAGCGGCAGCAAACGUCAACGAGUCAGCCACUGAGGUCACGUGCGCACUGUCACGAGACCAGGGCUCACCGCUGACUCUAGUGCUAAGGGAAAAGUCAAACGGCGCAGGAGUUACAUCGUCGUCGUCCGUACUCCGUACCGAGGAUGUAAGAAAAGACGACGAUGGACCGCAGGAUCGCGUUCCAAGCCACGAGUCAGCCGGCAAUUUACGCUGGCGAGAACUGCUGGCUGCACGUAUAGUAUUAAACAAAACCGCCGGGGGACCGCGCGCCUCUCCCUAUUCGAGCUCUUCUUCCUCGUGCUUUUCCUUGUUCUGUUCUGACGACCACGCCAUGGCGGAUGACCGCCGCCAGCUGCCUUCUCAACCGCUGCAUCAACUUCAACCUCACCUCCCACACCCUGCCCAGCAACAACAGCAGAAGCAGCAGCAACAGCAACAGCAACAGCAAACCCAACAGCAACAGCAACAGCAGCAGGCUGCUCUCAGCUCCGCUCGUCUGCAGCACUUUAAUUAUCUGACUCCUGCUUCUUCUCAAGUCUCGGUUCAGGCGUCCGUCCAGGCGCCGCCGCAGCAACAACCACAGCAGCAGCAGUAUCUGGGCCUGUCUGCCCCCGAACGCCGUCACUAUUCGUUCGACACUGACCGCGACUCUCGUCGCUUUUCCAUGAGCACGACCCUUAACAUGGACUACGAUCAGACCGAGGGCCUGGGUGGCCUGUCUGUGAGCUCGUACGAGAGCAUCGACGACGACCGCAGCGAGCCCGGCAUUCGAGGCUAUCACUUUAGCAGCGACAAACACAUCAACUAUCCCAUGCCCGAGCAAGUGCUGCCGUACUCGGCCUCGCCGCUGUACCCGUCAAUCCCAUAUCAGAUUGACGAGCUCGGCCAUGCGCCCGGCAACUACACGCCGUCGGACGUGUCGUCGUCCAUCUCGCCGCCCAAUGGCCAGAUCAGCAACAACAAGUACAGCACCAUGCCCUCGGGCGACCGGCUCGCCUCGGCGCUGGGCUUGGAAGAGCAGUCGCGCAUGACCACUGACGAGGACAAGCGCCGCCGCAACACCGCCGCCAGCGCGCGCUUCCGCGUCAAGAAGAAGCAGCGCGAGCAGGCCCUGGAGCGCACGGUGCGCGAGGCCAGCGAGGUCAACGCCUCGCUCGAGGCCCGCGUCUCCCAGCUCGAGAUGGAGAACCGCUGGUUGAAGAAUCUGCUCACCGAGAAGAACGACAACUUGACCUCGCGCAUGCCACCGCCGCCGCCGCCUGAGAACAGCUUGCCUCUGACACAGACGGAUCCCCAUGCGGCUGGAAACCAGAAACCAAUUCAACCCAAGCGCACUGUCGGUGUGGGCACCGACAAUUAG